AUGGUAGGAUACCCUCUGCCUCGUGGUAGACCCGAGUCGUGUGAGGAGAAGCUGUCUUCAUCCGCGGGCGCAAAUGGGGCUCCCAAGUCCAGCCCGGGCACAAACCCCCUCCCGCCGGAGUCUCCAAAGCGACCUCGUCACUGUCAGAUUGGCCAGGCCGGGACCUACCGAAGUAUCCGCUCGCUGGACCCAGGUCGAGGGUCGAGGUCGGUCGUUCCAAGUUCCAAGUUUCAAGGUCCCCUCCUGUCUGGCCGGGCCAUUAUCCUGGCAUGGGACAUACCAAGUCCAACAGGAUCAUCCAUCGGUCCUGGACUCGUCGGUGACGGCCGAUCACCCGCCGGACCCCCAUUGAUCCCGGAAGAAUGUGCGCUCUGGAUUUCCGCCCCUCGUUCAUGCACCGCAGGCAUGGAUCCCGAGGCGUACAACAGGGCCGGGGUCGAUGUGGCUAGGGUUCCCUCGCAGGUUCGCAUGUACCUGCGACGUACCCCUUCUACAUGA